CUGUCUAUAUAUAGAUCAUAUAUACAUCAGAAGUUUACUCACUCCAAGUGCGCAGAGUGGGAAUUUACUUAAGCUAAGCUCAUUGAACAUGGGAGCUACAGUUGUUCCUAGUGUAAUUGCUAAUCUUAAAGUUCUUAGUCAUGAUAAUUAUGAGGAUUGGAGUUUUCGGUUUAAAACGUACUUGUUGGCUGAAGAUCUUUGGGAGGUUGUGGGAGGGACCUCUGAACCGCCUAGACCAGAAGAUGGUGAAGCUGAAUUUAUGGUUUGGAGGAAGAAUAAUUCCAAAGUUCUACAUGCAAUCCAGAGUUGUUGCGGGGAUGAUAUUUAUUUUUUUAUCCGGGGCAUUAGCACGGCCAAAGUCGCCUGGGAUACUUUGGCUGAAAAGUUGAAGCCGGCCGAUCAAGCCUUGGAGAACACAGAUGUUGUGCCUUUGAUGCCAUAUGAAUUGAAUACCUGUCUGACGCGGAAUGAGGAUUUCGACCAAAAAAAAUAUUACUUGACAGAUUAUUACAACACUAACGGCGACUUCAAUGAGUUCCCCCACCAUCAACCCUUGAUUCAUGCUGUUGCAAAAGGUGACUGGGAUUCUGCAAAGAACUAUCUUACUUUGCAUCCCGACGCAGUCAGAGAGAGAGGUUCAUUGUCAGGCUCGACAGCUCUUCAUAUAGCAGUUUCAAUGGAAAAUGAACAUAUGGCAAAAGAAUUAGUAGAAUGGAUGACAGAAGGAGACUUGGAAAUAGAAGACGCUAAUGGUGCCACAGCUUUAGCUCUGGCUACGCUAAUAGCACCCGAAGUGGCUAGAUGCAUAAUCGAAAAGAACAAGAGAUUACUUUGCAUACCAUGCAAUCCCCUGAAUAUGAUCCCACUGAUUAAAGCUUGUCACGGCGGCCAAUGGGAAUUGGCUCGCUAUCUGUAUUCAGUUACCCCAUUGGAAGCUUUGACGUUGACCCAAGACAACUAUCGGACCAGCGCUGACCUGAUUUCCCACUGUUUUAGCUCCAAAGAACUCGAUAUUGCAUUGGAUUUAAUUCAGCGUUGCCCAAACUUGGCCUUUGCUACAAACUCUACCGGGAAAACACCUUUACAAGAAUUGGCUUGUUUAAACAUUCCACAUGCUUCUGGGAUCCGUGAUGUUCGUAUAGAUGUUUUAAAACAAGCCAAUGUCCAGGUUAAUGAUCAAAGGGGUCUCAUAAUUCGCUUGGUUAUGGCUUUACUGCGAGGGCUCGUCUCAAAUCUCCGUAAACUUUUAGGAAUCGAUCACAUAUACAAAUUGAAACAAAUCCAUGUUCAAUCUCUUGAAGUUUUACAAGGCAUGUGCAAAAUGACAGAAGGUUUAAGCCUUAAACAAAUGCAAGGAAGUUCCAUACAAACAGCACUCUUCAAAGCUGUUGAACAUGGGAAUGAUGAGUUUCUUCGUGAGCUGUUUAAUGCAAAUAUCCUAGCUUUAGGGAUACAUGACGAAAAUGCAAAGAGCAUGUUUCAGUUUUCCAUUGAAUGCCGUCAAGAAAAAGUCUAUAACUUUUUCCAUGAAUUUGUCCGAAUCAUGAAUGUUCGUACUGAAUUCAGAGUAGAUAAGUUCAACAAUACUUUACUACAUUCAGCAGCAAGAUUAUCCCCACCUACACAGCUUAAACAUAUCCAAUGUGCAUCAUUGCAAAUGCAGAGGGAGUUACAAUGGUUCAAGGAGGUGGAGAAAAUUGUGCCUGCCAAGUUUCUUGAAGUUGUAAACUAUGCAGAUGGCAUGACCGCCCGUGAUCUGUUUACUAAGAACCACAAGGAAUUGGCAAACGAAGGUGAAAGAUCAAUGAAAGCAACAGCAACUUCUUGUACGGUCGUUGCUGCUCUUAUUGUUACAAUCAUGUUUAUUGCAGUAUUCUCAGUUCCUGGUGGAACCAAGGCAGGCUAUCCCUUGUUCUUAAAUAAAAGGAUCUUUAUGGUCUUUAUAGUUGCUGAUGUCUUUUCACUUUUUUCUUCCACAACUUCAGUGGUAACAUUCUUAGGAAUUCUCAACUCGCGUUAUGCUGAAGAUGAUUUCCUUAAAUCAUUGCCAACAAAAAUGGUUAUAGGACUUUUCACCCUCUUCUCUUCUAUGGUUACCAUGGUGAUUGCAUUUUCUUCUACCCUUUUUCUUAUGCUGGAAGCAAAAGAGUGGAUAGUGGUUCCGAUCAUUUUACUUGCUAGUGUUCCGAUUGUCUCCUUCGUAUGGAUGCAAUUUUCCCACCUUGUUGAGAUCUUCAUUUCUACUUACGGAGCUGGAAUAUUUGUGGCCAACCAAAAAGGCAAACCUUGGUCUUUCAGCUCUCUUAGACUGUUUUAGUCAUUUUGUUCGAUAUUUGUUUUGGUCACUUUUGAGGAAGUUUUUAGGAUUUGUUUAAAGAAUAAUGAUAAAUGGUUUAUGUACGCUCUUUCUGUUUUUGGGCCUAAAGAAUGUAUAAUUAAUGUACGUGUUCCGGAUUUGGUAAUAAACUCCAACUUCAAUCUCUGUA